AUGGCACUGCACCUGAGCUGGUCGAUGGUUGGGGUUCUACUACUGGUGGUGGUAGUGUGCAGCACGGCGGUGGCCGACGGCGCCAAGUGCCCGUGCAGCGAUGCCACACUGUGCGAGAGGGUGCAGGUGCCGCCUCGCAAGGAGGUCUUCGCCUUCAUGGUCGACAACUCCUUCGCCAACUGGAGAGGGUAUGACUGGGACUUGGUCACCACCGUCGCGCUCUUUACCGACUCGGUGAAUCCCGAAUUCCUGUGCCACGCCCACGCCAAGAAGGGCCUGGCCGACUUCACGGACUUCCUGUUCGUGAUGGCGUACGACAUGCAGAGCCAGAUUCCGGCUUCCAAGUGCAUCGCCGGGGCCAACUCUGGCUACCCGCGCGCCGAAGAGGGACUCAGACAGUACCUCAAGCUGGGCAUCAAGCCCGAGCAGCUCGUGCUGGGUCUCCCCUGGUAUGGGCGCGACUACCCGUGCAUCAACCCCGCGAACCUCACCGUCUGCCCGAUCCAGCCGGUCCCCUUCCGCGGCGCUCCCUGCAGUGAUGCCGUCGCCCCCGAGCUUGAUUACCACGUCGUGGAGCGUCUCCUGAGCAGCUCUCAGGCCAUCACCAAGAGACAGUGGGACGCUGCGGCCAAGUCGCCCUGGUUCGACUACAGGACCAGCCAGGGCCACAUCCACCAGCUCUGGUACGACGAUGUGGAGAGUCUCACGCUCAAGUGCGAGCUGGCCAAGUCACUGCACAUCCGCGGUGUGGGUGUCUGGGAGGCUGACGCCCUGGACUACACCAACCACUCCCAGGCUCAGCAGAUGUGGGGCACCUUCCGUUCCUUCCUCCACUCACACUAG